AUGUCGGCUACAAUAUCCAUUAGGUACUCUACACUUCACAGCUGGAGGGGUACCCAGCGUCCUGUGCGUCUUCACGUCCAUUACGGCUACCCUCUAAUUCCAUAUGCCAAGUUUGCCUUGCCACUCAUCUCAAAGUCCGGAACGAACAACUUGCAACAUAUGCGACAACUCUCCACUGCAGACUUUCAAGAUGUUGUUCGCCCGAAUGUGGAUACACUCUACUCACUGGCGAUCUUGGACUUGUCUGCGGGUGAUCUUGUAAUCGAAGUCCCCAACAUUACGGACCGGUACUGGGUGUUCCCAUUCUAUGACGUAUAUGGCAAUAACUAUGCCAACCUAGGCAGUGUUGGGCACAACCGACCCGGAAAAUAUCGUAUUCGCUAUGGCGGCGCCCACAGGCAUGAACCAGGCGUCCGAAUCUGCAGGAACACCGCUCGCUCUAUCACAAAUGAUCCCGCUUGCGACGGAUAUCAGGGAAUCGUCAAUGCUCCGACUCCCUAUGGGACAUUCGUGGGUCGUCUGCUCGUGAAGGACAACAGCACGGAUCUCCAGCGCGUUUACAUGAUUCAGAACCAGACCGCCCUAUAUCCUGCGGCAGCUCCGAGGCACGGUAAUAGCGCGCAUGCCCCGAAACUGACCACCAGUAUCCUCAAUGUCUCGCUGUCCGCCGACAUCCCGAACAGAAUUAUGCAGAUGACCGCUCGCAUCUCACCGUUCAGCCCUCCGCGUAGCAUCUCCGACAGGCCCCAUGUGGAACGGAUGCUCCGAAAGGCUGGAAUAAAAAAUGGACGGUACACGCCGACUCAGAGCAACUUAACCGCACUGGCGGAGAGGGCUGAAGCAGCAGUCUUUAGCCACGCCAAGAUGCCGCAGACUCGCAUGAACUUGGGGCAUGAUUGGGUGGCAAUGACUCCCUCGGCUCAGGGGGAUUAUGGAACGGAUUAUCAGAUGCGAUACUACGUGGCUUACACGGGGUAUCUGGCACUGACGUCCGGGGAAGCCAUCUAUCCCUCCUAUCAGGAUCCGUUGAAUGACGGGAGUGCCACGCUGACGUUAGGAAAUGAUGAGGCGUAUAUGUUGACAUUCCAAAGCAAACCACCACUUGAGGAGACGGGCUUCUGGAGCCUGACUGGCUAUAAUGCGCAACAGUAUCUAAUCGCCAACCCGUUGGAUCGCUAUGCUGUCGGAGACCGGUCUGGGUUGACUUAUCCUGAUGGAUCCCUCGUGUACGGAGCACAGACUACGAAUCAGACCUUCCAGGUGCUUGUCCAACCAGCAGACGUCGCCCCUCCAGCAAACUGGACAUCGAAGUGA